AUGAAUCUUCAGAGGAAAGCAACACAACGGUCUCCUGCUCUGAUGCUCAGCUGCCUCCUGGUCCACCUCGUCUGUCUGCACGGCGGCAGUGUUUCGGCCGUGAACCUGCGGCGCUUCAUCGGCUGCGCGGUCCGAGAGUUCACCUUCCUGGCCAGGAAGCCCGGCUGCGGAGGGCUGCACGUCACCACCGACGCCUGCUGGGGGCGCUGCGAGACCUGGGAGAAGCCGGUGGUGGAGCCUCCCUUCAUCGAGUCCCACCAGAGGGUUUGUACCUACAACAGAACCCGUCUGGUUACAGUCAAGCUUCCCAACUGCCAGCCCAACGUGGACCCGACGUAUACGUACCCCGUCGCCCUGCGGUGCGACUGCGGAGUCUGUCUGACCAGCACCACCGAGUGCAUCACGUCCGUCUGA